GGUGCGCCGAAAGCUCAAAAUAACUAAUAAUAAAAGAGUGAAUAUAAUUAAUUAUAUCCACUUUUUAAUCAUUAGUUAUUUUAUGCGCUCGGCCACAUGUGUUAAAUUGGAGAACCUUGUUGAAACAACUAUUUAAAGUCAAUAAUUAUCAUUUGUCAUCAUUAUCUUUCAAUUAUCAAAUCAAAGGUUUCCGCUACUUUCCCAAUUUCUUUUGCAAUUUUAGAAACAAUUUUUAAAAAGCACUUUCGAUACCUGUAUAUAUGUUGGGUGAGUUUAAAUAAACAAAAAUUUAGCAAUAUAUUAAAUUACAAACGUUUAAUGUAUAAAAUAUAUUUGUGAUAAUGACUGAUGAUAGAAAAGUUGUAGGUAGAGGAAGAGGAUUAAACAGAAGCAAUAUUACAACUUUCAAACCGCCACAAUGUCUUAUAAAACCAGAAGAAAUAAUUGCUCAAAUCAAAGAUACCGAGGAUAAAGAAAUUGGUAGUAAAGUUUCUGAUGAUAGAGAAAUUGAUAAUAUAGUUAUUGAAGCCAAUACCACUAUUAACAAUGUUGAUAACCUAUGUAAAAAGUUGAUUGAAAAUGAGUUUAAUGAAGAAAAUGAAAAUGACUAUAAUGACCUUAUUUAUACCGAAGUUGAAAAUCAUAAUGAAUUUAAGCCAAUAAUUUCUCCAGUAGAAGAAAAUAUAUUGAAUAAAAAUCCUAGCUCAGAUAAUACAAUUUCAAUAUUAAUGAAAGCUGUUUCAGUUCCAGAAUUUGUUCCUAGUGCCUGUUCAACCAAGCCAAUUUUUACAUUUACAUACUCGGAAACAACAAACGAUCAAUCAAAUGGAGAUAUUUUUCCAGAAACUCAUGACGAUAGUCAAGUCACAAUUGACUUAUUACAAAAAAUAAUUAAUGAUUUAAUUCAUGAUCCAUCUUUUUUUGAAGAUAUUCUUGAAAACUUAACAGAACAUCUAUUUUACUUCUGUAACACUGAAAAUACAUUAACUCAAAUUGUUAAUGUUAUCACAGAUAAGGCUUUAGCUUCAUUAAGUUUUCAAUUUUUUGCUGCAAAGUUAUGCAACCAUUUUGAUAAGACAAAAGCCAUUGACAUAAAAGAUGGUCCUUCUUUUCGAAAGAUUUUUAUGCAUCGAUGUCAAGAAGAUUUUAAAAAAAUGGAGCAAAUAUUUGCAACUGACCGUGAAAGUACAGAACAAGUAAAGAAGAUUACAAAUUGUGCAUUAUGGUUUGGGGAACUUCUUGUCAAUAUGAAACUAAUAAAAGACAACAAACCUAAUUUUAAUCCAGCUUUUAAAAGUGCUGUAUUUAAAUUUGUUGAUAUGUUUUUGGAAUCAAAAAAUGAAAUAAUGUUAAAUACAAUGACUCUUCUAUUAAAGUUAGUUGGGCCUGGAUUAGAUUUGAAUAGACCUCAAGAUGUUGAUGAUAUGUUUGCAAAAUUGAGGGAUUUUUUAUUAGAAAAUCAUAAUUUAAACAGUGAUACAAAGGAGAGUUUAUGGAAAGUGUAUAAGUUGCAUACUCGUGACUGGGAUCGACCGGACAAGCGAUCGUCUCCUAUAGAUAUAGAUUGGAAAAAGUAUGAUGAGUAUGAAGAAAGACCUUUAGAAAACUUGGAAAAUGAUGAAGAAGGUGAUGCAUUGCAAUUUGAAGCAUACGAUGAGUUUUUAAAGGUGUCUGGUCAACUAAAGCCUGAAGAAGAUUGCGAUGAUGAUGGAUUUGAAUAUGACGCAUAUGAUGAGUUUUUAAAGAUAUCUGGUCAAAUUUAGAUUUGGCAAUGUAUCAGUUUAUAAAACUGAUUUUUUUAAAUUUGUUCCUUACCUCAAACGGACGAUAUUAAAAAUAGGUAGUAAAAUGAUUGGUAAUUUUUUAUUUUUUGCUUAAGUUUUUAAAAUAUCUAGUCUUGCGUUA